AUGCGUCCCAAGGCGGUCACGGUGGUCAAGGAGGAGCUGGUCAAGGCGGAAAUGGCCAAGGAGGGACCGUGGGGCAGGCUUCAGGCCCCGACCCCAACUAUCGCUGUUGGAACCGGAACUGUGCUUGCAGGCGGCCAUUGGGGCCACCAAAUCAUGGUCCGGGCGCACCGGGGGUGUGAUUUGCGAUAA